AAUUGCGCUGGAUGAGACCAAUAACAGGGGAGCGCACGCAGCCUGCAGCCAGAGCACACAGGGAGGGGAGGACGGACUCUCUCUUUUUCCUCCCUCCCCUCACCGUCUCUCCCUUAAUCCCAUUUGCCAUUGUACAUGCCCAAUCGCCUAUACUUUCCGCAUUUAACUUGGAUGACAUUUUUAUUUCAUCAUUAGCAUCAGACCCCAGACAGACUGACACGGUGGACACAGUUUUUUGACGGAAGACUCCGGGAUGUGACAUGCUCGCGCGCGUCUCUAUUGUAACCCCUCAACGCUUGGUUUUCCUGUUUUUCUAAGCUCAAGAGGACGCGUGCUUUUGACGCAUUCUCUGGGUGUGAAAUCCAGUUUAAAAUCAGGAACUCCCCUCAGCUGGGAUAUCCACAUCUCUUUAGGUUUUUUAUUUCUAUUUGUUUUUAGUGUCUUGCUUUUUGAGGACGUUCAGACCACAGCAAUGCCAGAGACCACGCAAGAGACGUGCGCUCCGGCCAAGGAUUCUCCUUUCUUCAUUAAGAACCUGCUAAACUGUGAUAGCAAACCAUCCAAACCCAAGCCCACACUGACUGCGACCAAGGCGGCCUUGGAGGGAGGGUUUUCCCUUUCCCAGGUCGGGGAUUUCAACUUUCCGCGUUUUGACGUUCCCGCACAGAGGUUCACCCUUCCGGCUCACUAUCUGGAGCGCACCUCGGCGUGGUGGUACCCCUACACCUUCAGCUCAGCGGCUCAUGUGCACAGGAGUGAAGUCAUCGAGAAACCAGCACCCAGAGAGUCCUCUCCGACAUCCGGCACGGACAGAGACUCCCCGGACCUGGUGCUCAAAUCCGAGCCGGAUGCCAAAGAUGACGAGGAGGACGACGAGCACAACAACAACAAAAGCAGCGACGAGAUCAUCCUGGAGGAGAGCGACGCGGAAGACGCCAAAAAAGAUGAGCUGGACGAGUGGAAGAAGAGGGAGGAGGACAAGAAGCCGUGUCGCAAGAAGAAGACGCGCACGGUUUUCUCCAGGAGCCAGGUGUUCCAGCUGGAGUCCACCUUCGACAUGAAGCGCUACCUGAGCAGCUCGGAGCGGGCCGGCCUUGCCGCGUCCCUCCACCUGACGGAAACGCAGGUGAAGAUCUGGUUUCAGAACAGGAGGAACAAGUGGAAGCGACAGCUGGCCGCCGAGCUGGAGGCCGCCAACCUGAGCCACGCUGCAGCGCAGAGGAUAGUCCGGGUGCCCAUCAUCUACCACGAGAACUCUGCCACUGAGGGCGGGGGCGCAACUGCCAGCGUGCCCGUGAGCCAGCCGCUGCUCACCUUCCCGCAUCCCGGCGUCUACUACUCCCAUCCCAUCGUCACCUCUGUGCCGCUGCUCAGACCGGUUUGAAAGUAGCAGUUUGUUUGUGACACAGGUUGGUUUCUCAAAUUAUCACAAUAAAAAAAAAACACUAUUUUUUUAAACGGUGCGCCUAAAGACACUUCAAGAAUAAACUAAAAACAGAAAACAAAACAAGAGGGGUAUGUCACUUCUAAUUUGUUAGAUAAAAUGUGUCAUUUUUAUAACAAUGCCAUUUACACAUUUAUUAUUAUUAUUAUUAUUAUUAUUAUUAUUAUUAUUAUUAUUAUUAUUAUUAUUAUUAUUAUUAUGCUAAAAUCAUCUCAGGAGUUUACCGUUGUUAGUGAGUUUUUUAUUUUAUUCUAAUAUUUUUUACAUUUUGUUUACAGAAAACUGCAUAAAGCUAAAAACUCAUCUUUCUUUCUUUCUUUCUUUCUUUCUUUCUUUCUUUCUUUCUUUCUUUCUUUCUUUCUUUCUUUCUUUCUUUCUUUCUUUCUUUAACUCGUUUGAUUUAAUUUCCAUUUCCCGAACUGGUGACACGAUGAUGUGCAAUACACCAACUGUGUGCUGUGAAUGACUGAAAACUCUCAACAGGAAACGUGUUUUGCCAUCAUGUUAAUGUUAAUUUUCCCCUUUUUUCUAUUUUUCCCAAACGCUUGACCGGGGACAAUCAAGACACUAGCUGUAAAAUACACAUGGCGUACCUUUAUGUUAAAUUUAUUUUUAACACUCGCUUCUCACGUUUUCAAGCACAAAUCCCCUUAAGCUGUUGUGUUUCUGAACAGGAAGAGAGAAAAAACAACUACACUGGUGUAAAAAGAUGUAAAUGUAUAUAUUUAAUGAGAAUAUCUUCUCAUUUGUACAGUAAAACAACGUUUUGAUAUUGUAUUGCUGAAUCUUGUUGUGAAAUAAAUCCAAAAUAUUCCGUAUGGGCAUUUGUGAUUAUUUGGUCUCAAAACAAAAAUACAAACUAAAGAAUGUAAACGUAAAUAUAACAUAUUUCAAAUGAAAAAAAGAAAACAACAACCUCGUUUAACACCUCGUGCCUGCGCAGACGCACGCAC